AUCUGAGGGAGGGAGAUGGCAGGGAGGCUAAAACACAGCAGAAAAUGCUGGAAACACUCAGCAGGUCGGGCAGCAUCUGUGGAGAGAAACAGAGUGAAUGUUUCAGGUGAAAAGAAGUUGGGAAGAGUUAUUACUCCAGACACCUGGAAAGAUGGAUCAAGGAACACGAUGGAAAGUGGUGGCCGUAAGAUCAAUGAGAACAAAGCUUUGACCUCUAAAAAGGCAAGGUUUGAUCCAUAUGGCAAGAGCAAAUUUUCAGUGUGCCGUAUCUGUAAAAGCGCAGUUCAUCAGGCUGGUUCUAAUUAUUGUCAAGGCUGUGCAUACAAAAAAGGCAUCUGUGCAAUGUGUGGCAAAAAAAUCUUGGAUACUAAAAACUACAAACAGACAUCUGUAUAACUUAAGUUUGAAACUUUGCUUGGGUAUUUUGGAUGUUAUCGAAGUAUCUAAACAAUGUGCUAUUGUGAUAUUAACAACUAAUGCUCUUAUACCUAAACAAAAUAAAAUGUGUGUAAAUUUCUAGAGCAGAGAAAGAAAAGCAAGCAAUACUUCUGAAUUAAAUGUAGUUGCUUAUUAGCAUCUAUUAGUGCACACAUCUUAAUUGUAGAAUAUACUUUGAAUUGCAAUGUUGUCGUGAGUGUUUGACUUGACAGGUGACAAAGUGUCCAAGUGAAGUGGAGACAUAAUCACCUGAGCUAUAUAUUGACAACAUGCAACAAGAGUGAGGUUUAUAAUACUUGAUAGCAUAUGUCCUCCUUCGUUUUCCUGACUGCUCCAAAUUAAAAAAAAAUCCAGUGGCAGUCAACAUUCUUAAAUUUGAAGUGCUACAGAAAAUGAUUGGAGUUUUUUUUAAUGAAGUCACAAAUGAUGGACAUCCCUUGCUCUGAAACUAGUUUAAUAGAAGCUUUGCGUACUUCCUGGAAGAAUUCUGUUGAUGGUUUCCUAUUUUUUGCUUUGGUUUCUUCUAGUUUGGAAGUGAGAAUAUUUAUCAAGAAUUCUGUAAUUUGAACUUUUUUCAUUACUGAAACUAAUUUGCUGAGUUACAGAAUUCCUCAAUGAUUUUGUAAAGUUUAGUUUGUCUUAAUGUUAUGUAAAAAGCUUUUGAUGAUGCAUUUUGGGAAAUAAUAAAGUAACUUGGAUCCCAAGA